AUGAACUGGAGAUAUCCAAGUGCUAUCACUGAUGGGAUAGAUUAUCCCAGCAUCAAGCAACUUGAAAAUGCAUACCUGAGGCCCUCAGGCAAAGGUUUGAGGUCGACUUUAGGCGCCUUAGCUCAGACCAAUCUCCUUGAGCUUGCUCUUGCAUUCAGUCCCAGCUCGAUCGAGUUUUUUGUUCGAGGCUCCGAUCUCUUGAUCGAGCUCACUGCCAUGACUUCGCAAACUGGCCUGUCCAACCCAAUGCUCAGAAUGUUUGGAACUGGUCUGAAGGUGUCAAGGAGCUUCUUGUACUCCUCGGUUUCUGAGCUCACAUAUCCCUCUGAAGAAUCCUUGGUCAAAGCAACUUGUAGGGAUCCUCCAAUGAUAGCUCUUCUAAAAGCUCAUCUGCCAACUGAUCCAUUUCCUCAACAUAAAAGAGCUGACCUUCUAUUGUUGGUUCCUCAUUGUAUCCUUGAUGUCAAACUUCAUCUUAGGUCCUUUCCCAAGUUUAGCUCAAUUGUUCCUUCACAGACAUCUAUCAUUGCUCUUGCUGUAGCUAGGAAUGGCCUUCCUAGUAUCAAUGGAUCUGUUGGUUCCUCAUCCAUUUCAAGCACAAUGAAGUCGGUGGGGAUUUCUACAUUCCCUAUCUCAAAGGCAGGUCUUCAAGCAUUCCAGUUGUUGUUUCUUGAACCUUCCUGGAAAGGGCAGAGGGGUUUGUAUGGUGGUGGUCCUGAUGGAGUGUCUUUCUUCUUUGCAACAGGUUUAGUUGGUUGGCUGGAGCUUGCUUUGUCUGUUCUCUUGCUCGAUCGAGCUCUGGUUUGUCUUGCUGAGUCUCGGUUUCUUCAGCUCGAUCGAGUUCUGGUUCAGGGUUUUGUUCCAGCUCGAUCGAGUUCGGUGCGGAAUGUCAGCAUACUCGACCAAAUCCUCCCCUUCCUCGUCAUCGAUGUCCACAGCGAUUUGGGGUGGGCUACUCCUGCUUGGAAAUUGCGCCACUUCUCAGUGUAA